AUGGUGCCCCUGCUGCUGCUGCUCCUGCUGUGGGGGAAAUCUCUGGAGGAGCAGCCAGGCUUUGAGCUCCGAGUACAGGAAUCUGUGGUGGUGCAAGAGGGUCUGUGUGUCCACGUGCCCUGCUCCUUCUCCUACCCCUGGAGUUCCUGGUCUUCCUCUAGUGAACUCUACACCUACUGGUACUGGAAAGAGGACAACAUGCAGUACAAUGAACUUGUGGCCUCGAACGACCCAAAUAAACCAGCAAAGAGGGAGACCCAAGGCCGACUCCUCCUCCCGGACGCCUGGAACAACUGUUCCCUGCACAUCAAAGACGCCAGGAGGAGUGACACAGGAAUAUACACCUUCCGAAUGGAGAGAGGAAGUGUGAAAUAUAGUUACCAAGACAAGAUGCUGAAUUUGCAGGUGACAGCCCUGACAGAAAAACCCCACAUCCGGAUAAGGGAGCCCUUGGAGUCCGGCCACCCCACACAGCUGGCCUGCAUCCUGCCAGGGGCCUGUGAAGGAGGACGACCUCUCACCUUCUCCUGGGAGGGAGCCGCUAUGGACUCACUGGACCCCCAGAACCUCAGCUCCUCAGUGCUCACCUUCACCCCGAGGCCCGGGGACCAUGGCACCAACCUCACCUGUCAGGUGAAACGGGAAGGGUCCCAGUGGACCACACAGAGAACCAUCCAGCUCAAUAUCUCCUAUGCCCCACAGAACCUCACCAUAGGCAUCACCUUCAGAAACGCCACAGCUAGGCCUGGCCAGUACCUCAAGAUUCUGCAGGCCACUUCCCUUUCCAUCCUGGAAGGAGAGGCCUUGAGGCUGCUCUGUGUGGCUGACAGCUACCCCUCUGCCGAGCUGAGCUGGUUCCGGGGGUCCCCAGGCCUGAACGCCACCCCCCUCUCCAGCACCGCGAUCCUGGAGCUGCCUCGCGUGGGGCCUGCACAGGAAGGAGAGUUCACCUGCCAAGCUCGGCACCCGCUGGGCUCCCACAGCGUCUCUCUCAGCCUCUCCGUGGUCUACCCCCCGCAGCUGCUGGGACCCUCCUGCUCCUGGGAGGACCAGGGUCAGCACUGCAGCUGCUCCUCCAGGGCCCAGCCGGCCCCCUCCCUGCGCUGGUGGCUGGGGGCGGGGCUGCUGGAGGGGAACCAUGGCAACGCCUCCCACGUGGUCACCUCCAGCUCAGAGGGGCCCUGGACCAACAGCUCCCUGAGUCUCAGUGAGGGGCUCAGUCAUGACCUCAGACUCAGCUGCGAGGCCUGGAAUGUGCACGGGGCCCAGAGCGCCUCUGUCCUGCUGCUGCCAGGGAAGGCGGUUUUCCAGGCGGGAGUGGUUCCUGCGGCUCUCGGAGGUGCUGGAGCCCUGGCCCUGCUGUCCCUGUGCUUGUGUCUCCUCUCCUUUUGCAGGAGGCAAGCAGCCGGGAGACCAAAGGUCACGAAUGAUGAAGAGCCUGUCAUGGGCACAGUCACCUGGGGUUCCAAGCGAAAACUUGGGCUAGACAAGCCCCCAAACCAAGCGCUGCCCACAGAGGGUCCCCCUCUGUCAGAGGAACACUGGGAGGUCUACUACGGCAACCUCAGCUUCCAUGGGAUGAAGCCACAGGAACCUGAGGACCCGGAGGCCACCAGCAGCAUCAAUGAGUACUCAGAGAUCUAG